CACAUCUCCGUCCAUCCAAAUUCCACGCUUAAGCCUUCGAUGGUCAGGCGCUCCGAUAUCCACAAGCACCCGGUCUUUGCACGCGCAUUUAUCAACAAACAAUAUCGUCAGUCGCCUCGCCCAAAAUGAAUGAACACGACCAACCCACACAGCCGGCUCGCCUGGGCGCUCAGGGCACUCAAACUCAAGCUACCCAAGGAACACAGGCCCCUCAAGGCACCCAAAGCUCGUCCCUAGACCUCCAGGGUCUCGACAGCUGGCUCACCGACCGCAUCGUAACGAUCACAGUCGGCGCCGAGGAAAAGAGAUGGGUGGUGCACGAGAAGCUACUCGUCAGCCAAUCUGAGUUUUUUAAGAACCACUUCGCUCUGGGCGAUGAGGAGAUGAAGCUGCCGGAUGACGAUCCGAGGCUCUUUGCUCUGUUCAUCCGCUGGCUUUACGGCACGGCAUUCCUGCCUUCGGGUGGCGCCCGCAACUUUCGAUUCCUCCCACCGGAUGGCACUACGUUGACCGUCCGUGACUACCUCGGCGUCUACGUCAUGGGCGGCAAGUUCGGCAUCCUGGGGGUGCGCAACGCGGUGCUGGACGUGCUGUACGCCUACUACGGCGAGGCGUCCGACGACCACCGGUCGCCCGACAUGCUGGACGUGACGUACGUCUUCGACAACACGGUGGCCAACGCGCCGAUGCGGCGCUUCCUGACGGCGCACUCGCUCUUCUUCCUCUUCAGCAAGAACCGCCGCGGCGCCCCGCUGCCCCACGACUGGGUCGCCGUCCUCAACGAGUACCCCGAGGUCGGCUUCGAGAUGGUCGCCAUGCUCGCCGAGUGGAACUGGUCCAUGGGCUAUAACGCACCCCGCAUGACCAUCAAGCCGCGCGGAGAGUUCCACGAGCGCCCGCAGAUGCCUGCCGUUGUCAAGGAGGAGGACCCGGAGGACGCCCCCGGCCUGUGAGGGAGAAGAAGCGUCAUCCUCGGAAACGUUACGAUGGUAACCUGGUUUUCCUUAUUUUUUUACUUUUGGUGGGCGUUUGGCUGGGAUAUGAGAUUGGGAGCCCUGGGUUUGAGCCCUCGGUUUGAGCCCUCGGGUUUUCGAGCGGCUGGUUUGAGGGAGGAGCGGUUUCGGUUCUGAGGAUCUUGCUGGUAAUUGCUUGAGCAUAGGGCGUUCAUGGAAGGUCUUGGGUUUGCACCUGGCAUAGAGGUACCUACAAGGCAGUAAUAGCAAAACAUUCAUACA